UGAAAUGUAAAGCGAAUGAAAUUUAUUUUUCAAGUCUUCACUCAGUAUGUGCUCUGAACGAAAACAAUUUUGUGUACGGGAGGCGAGAUUGGCACAAUAAAUCAUGAUUAUUAACCUAACCUAAGAAUAAGAACCAUAUUAUUUAUUGCAGCGUACUGAUGAAAACGUGCAUUUUGACAGUAGCAACUCAGCAUCAAGGAAUACAAUUAUUAUACACCUAAUGUUCUAUGCCAGUGAGCCAAUAUAUUGUGUAAGAGAAAUAAUUGCAUUGCAAAUCACAAAACAGUCGCAAUCCGGUAUAGUGAAUAUACACUUUAGAGAUUAGUCCUAUCUAUCUACAACAGAGUGUUAAUUUAUCAAACAUAACGAUGAUAUCUAUACUCGUGUGGCCACUCGACAACGUGGAUGCAGCAGCCGGCACGAGAUAACGACUUGUUGAUAACGGACACCGGAUUGUGCAACAGGUUCAUGGUAAUUCCGGGUUAACUAUUUCCAAACGUGUGCUCGUUAGGCAUCGAUUUAUGAUUUACCCUUGCGGACGCUUUAAGUUCAUUUGUUCCGCUGUCCUGUCCUAGAUACCAUCAUGUCGGCCGAAGUCUCCGCGAGAGUGCUGUCUGGCACCGAACUUUCUAAGGAGACGAAAAACGACUUAAGACAGCAGACUGCUCUGCUCGCCGAACGUUUCAAUGGAUUUAAACCACGCCUUGUGAUAAUUCAAGUCGGAGAUCGCAACGAUUCCAAUGUCUACAUCAAGCAGAAAAUCAAGUCUGCCGAUGAAGUUGGUGUUGAUGCAACUCAUGUGCAGUACCCCAAUACUAUCACUCAGAAUGUGUUAUUAUCAGAAAUUAACAAAUAUAACAAUGAUCCAUCUGUACAUGGUAUUAUUGUUCAAAUGCCGCUGGACUGUAUUCAAAAAAUUGAUUCGCAUCUGAUCACUAAUACAGUUUCUCCCGAAAAAGAUGUUGAUGGCUUGAACAUUAUAAAUGAAGGUAAAGUGGCCAUUGGUGAUUUAACUGGACUGAUACCUUGUACUCCUAAUGGUGUUAUUCAAUUAAUUAAAAGAAGUGGUAUUGAAAUUGCUGGAACAAAAGCUGUGGUAUUAGGACGCAGUAAAAUAGUUGGUGCUCCCGUUGCAAGCUUACUCCUAUGGCACAAUGCAACCGUAACAAUUUGUCAUUCCAGAACUAAGGACAUUGAAAAAGAAGUAGCCAAAGCAGAUAUUUUAGUGGUGGCAAUUGGUAAAGCAGAGUUUGUUCAUGGGUCAUGGAUAAAACCAGGAGCAGUAGUAAUAGACUGUGGCAUCAAUUCUCUUCCCGACUCUUCAAAGAAGUCUGGUUAUCGUUUGGUGGGAGAUGUUCACUAUGAAUCAGCUUCUCAGAUAGCUUCGGCUAUAACACCAGUGCCUGGUGGUGUAGGACCUAUGACUGUUGCAAUGUUAUUAUCAAAUACUAUUCAAGCAGCUACUAAAGUUGUAGAAAAUAUCUAUAGAAGCCAAUGGAAUUUAAGUGUACUCCCAUUAAAAUUUCAAAAACCCGUGCCUAAUGAUAUUAAUAUUGCUAGAAGUCAAGAACCAAAAGAUAUAAUGCAGUUAGCUAAUGAAAUAGGUUUGAAAAAGUCUGAGGUGUUUUUGUAUGGCAACAAAAAAGCAAAAAUCAGUAUAUCCGUUAUAAACCGCCUAAAAGACAUAAAUAAUGGAAAAUAUAUUGUUGUAACUGGUAUUACUCCAACUUCCUUUGGUGAAGGCAAGAGUACUACCACAGUUGGACUUGUUCAAGCAUUAGCAGCACACACUAAGAAAAAUACUUUUGCGUGUUUAAGACAACCUUCGCAAGGACCAACAUUUGGUAUUAAAGGGGGUGCUGCUGGUGGUGGAUACUCUCAAGUAAUACCAAUGGAAGAAUUUAACCUUCAUUUAACUGGGGAUAUACAUGCUGUUACGGCUGCAAACAAUUUAAUGGCUGCGCAGAUUGAUGCUCGUAUGUUCCAUGAAGCUACUCAGAAAGAUCAAGCCUUGUAUGAUCGUCUUGUACCAACCAUAAAAGGUGUACGGCAAUUUUCACCCAUACAAAUCAACAGAUUGAAAAAGCUUGGCAUUGAUAAAACUGAUCCGUCAUCUUUGACUGCUGAAGAGAUUAGUUCUUUUGCUAGGCUCAAUAUUGAUCCGGACACUAUAUCCUGGAAUAGAGUAAUGGACACAAAUGAUCGUUUCUUGCGCAAAAUUACAAUUGGACAGUCGCCAACAGAGAAAAAUCAUACUCGAGAAACUUGUUUUGAUAUAUCUGUGGCUAGUGAAAUUAUGGCCAUCCUGGCAUUAGCAAAAGAUGCUAAAAAUUUAAAAGAAAGACUAUCUAAUAUUGUUGUUGCACAAGAUAGAAAAGGUAAUGAUGUUACUGCAGAUGACUUGGGUAUGACUGGCGCAAUGGCUGUGCUUUUGAAGGAUGCUAUUGAUCCUACAUUGAUGCAAACCCUUGAGGGAACACCUGUUUUGGUGCACGCUGGUCCAUUUGCAAACAUAGCUCAUGGGGCAUCUUCCAUUUUGGCAGAUUUGUUAGCUUCUAAAUUAGUCGGCCCUGAUGGCUACGUUGUAACUGAAGCAGGUUUUGGAUCAGAUAUUGGAAUGGAGAAGUUCUUCAAUAUUAAAUGUAGAUAUUCUGGUCUUGUGCCAAAUGCUAUAGUACUAGUGUGCACUAUUAGGGCCUUAAGAAUGCAUGGUGGUGGAGCUAUCAGUCCCAGUAAGUCAGUAACACCAGAAGAAAAUGAAGAAGCAUUGCGCAAGGGUGUAGCAAACUUGAAAAAACAUGUUAGUAAUGGUGUCAAAUAUGGUGUUCCUAUAGUUGUGGCAAUAAAUGCUAUGAAUACAGAUACUGAGAAUGAAUGGGCUAUUGUUAAAGAUGCAAGUCUCCAGGCUGGUGCAAUGGAUGCAAUUGUGAGCACUCACUGGGAAAACGGUGGGUUAGGAGCAAUCAAAUUAGCAGAAGCUGUCAUUAAAGCAAGUCAAUUACCCAAUAAAUUCAAGUUUUUGUAUGAUUUGAAUAUGCCAUUGCAGCUUAAGAUUGAAACUAUUGCAAAAGAAAUGUAUGGUGCCAAAUCUGUUGAAUUUAAUGAAAAAAUAUUGAACAAAUUAAGCAAUUAUGAAUCAAAGGGUUAUGGGAAGUUACCAGUUUGCAUGGCCAAGACAGCAGUGUCAUUGAGCGGAAAUCCUAACUUAAAAGGGGUUCCUACAGACUUCACACUUCCCAUAAUGGAUAUUUAUGUAUCUGCUGGCGCUGGAUUUAUCGUUGCAAUAGCUGGAGAAAUAUCUAAGAUGCCUGGAUUGUCAACUCGUCCAAGUAUUUACGAUAUAGACUUGAACAUUGAAACUGGUGAAAUUGUCGGCCUGUUUUAGUCUUCUAUAAAAAAAAAAAGCAAUAAAAAUGAAUUUGUGCCAUAAAAAUAUUAAAAAAAAUAAGUUUUAAUAAUCA